AUGUGCAACAAACAGCAUCGUGAAGUUUACAAUUCAGUUCGUCUCUACCAUAAUCGCUGGGAUCUCUUGCUCCACAUACGUCUCGGCUUCUUGGCCGGUUUGGAGCUCAUUACUCGGGAUCUUGCUUGUGAUGGUCAAAAUUGCGAUAUGACCGUCAAUAUGGCGUUCUCAACAACUGAUGUAUUUAUUAAGGAUCAAAUGCCUCAGUUUCGUACUCUUACGUUUGACGGAAUCUAUGAUACUUGUAACGGUGGAGGAAGUGGCCGGAUCACUGUAAGAGAUGAAACAGGCUUUAUUGAGGCUCUUUUUGAGGAUGGCACAGCUACUUGUCCUGCAACUACUAAUACUUUUUAUUGUGCUGCUGCUAGCGCAUAA